AUGACGGGGAAAACGGGGGAAGCGCUGAGCAAGCCCAAAUCCGAGACAGUGGCCAAGAGUACCUCGGGGGGCGCCCCGGCCAGGUGCACAGGGUUCGGCAUCCAGGAGAUCCUAGGCUUGAACAAGGAGCCUCCCAGCUCCCACCCGCGGGCUGCCCUCGACGGCCUGGCCCCCGGGCACUUGCUGGCUGCGCGCUCGGUGCUCAGCCCGGCGGGAGUGGGCAGCAUGGGGCUGCUGGGGCCCGGGGGGCUUCCCGGCUUCUACGCGCAGCCCACCUUUCUCGAAGUACUGUCUGAUCCGCAGAGCGUCCACUUGCAGCCACUAGGCAGAGCGUCGGGGCCGCUGGACACCAGCCAGACGGCCAGCUCCGAUUCCGAAGAUGUUUCCUCCAGUGACCGAAAAAUGUCGAAAUCGGCUUUAAACCAGACCAAGAAACGCAAGAAGCGGCGACACAGGACAAUCUUUACUUCCUACCAGCUAGAGGAGCUGGAGAAGGCAUUCAAUGAAGCCCACUACCCAGAUGUCUAUGCCCGGGAGAUGCUGGCCAUGAAAACGGAGCUGCCAGAAGACAGGAUACAGGUGUGGUUCCAGAACCGCAGAGCCAAGUGGAGGAAGAGAGAGAAGUGUUGGGGCCGGAGCAGUGUCAUGGCUGAGUAUGGGCUCUACGGGGCCAUGGUGCGGCACUCCAUCCCCCUGCCGGAGUCCAUCCUCAAGUCUGCCAAGGAUGGCAUCAUGGACUCCUGUGCCCCAUGGCUACUGGUUCAAGAUGGCUUUCCCAGACGCUUUUCUAAACCCGAAUACCAACAAUUCUUUUUAGGGAUGCACAAAAAGUCGCUGGAGGCAGCAGCUGAGUCCGGAAGGAAGCCCGAGGUGGACCGGCAGACGCUGCCCAAGCUUGACAAGAUGGAGCAGGAGGAACGGGCCCCGGAUGCCCAGGCAGCCAUCUCCCAGGAGGAACUGAGGGAGAACAGCAUCGCAGCCCUCCGAGCCAAAGCUCAGGAGCACAGCACCAAGGUCCUGGGGACUGUAUCAGGGCCUGACGGCCUGGCCAGGAACGCUGAGAAGCCAGAAGAGGAGGAAGCCAUGGCUGAAGACAGGCCAGCAGAGAAGCUCAGCCCACCACAGCUGGAGGACAUGGCUUAG